UCAAAUAUUUGGAUAAGCUCUUUCAUGUAGGACACUGUCCCUUCUACUUUUCUUCUGCAGCUACAACAAAAAGAUCCAAAAACUGAGUGGAGAGACCUGUCUUGCUUCAGGAAAGCUGCAGAAUGUAUAUUGAAAACAGAUUUGUGUUCCUAUUCAAAUUAACUGCUCUUACAUAUAUAAUCAUAUCACCUAUCUUCACCCCACCUGCUUCUGGAAGUCUUAAUGGACAUGAAUUAAAACUACAUCAUAAGAGCAACAUCACAAAAAAAAGAGAAGACUCACAUCCUCAUACGUACACCAUUCGUUACCUUGCAGAUAAGAACAGUGACUUUGGCUACAACCUAUACAGAAAAAUAGCAAGUAAACAUGAUAACAACAUUGUGUUUUCUCCAUUCUCAGUGUCCACUGCCUUUGCUUGGCUGUCUCUUGGUGCAAAUGGAGAAACAAAGACUCAGCUACUCCGAGGUCUAAAUCUGCAUGACUUUGACGAUACACAGACUUUUUAUUUGUUACCAGUACUGUUUCAGCAAAUCAUGGAGAACAUUACAAGAAAUGAUGACCUAACGUUGUCUCAAGGGAAUUCUCUUUUUUUGCAAAAAGAUGUAGAAGUUAAGGAAUCUUUCUUAAAUCAGUCUCUUCUAUAUUUUGAUGCUGAUGUUGAAAAUCUGGAUUUUAAAAAUAACCCUGAAUCUGUAAAUAUCAUUAAUAACUAUAUUAGCAAGAAGACAGAUGGAGAAAUUACAGAUAUUUUGAAAACAAUUGAUCCCCAGUGCCAAAUGAUUCUUCUGAACUGGGUCCUGUUUAAAGGAAAAUGGCUAGAGCAAUUUGAUCCCUCCUCAACGAAAAUGGAAGUAUUUCAUUUAAACAAGUACAGCAGAGUUGAAGUUCCUAUGAUGUUUAAGACUGAUGACGUGUUAGCCACCUACGACCAAAUGUUAGGCUGUAACAUACUGAAGCUGCCAUACAGGGGGAAAGCAAGCAUGCUGAUAGUGGUUCCAGGAGAAGGAAGUGAUUUUGGAAUAGUAGAAGACCACUUAUCAACAAACUUAGUGGAUACAUGGCUACGGAACAUGAAGAUGAGGAAAAUGGAAAUAUAUAUUCCUAAGUUUAAACUCGAACAGCUGUACCAUAUGUCAAAACUGCUGCAGGAACUGAACAUCAAGAAUAUAUUUGCAGUGGGUGCAAACCUAACAGGACUUUCUGAAUCCGGGACUCUUAGAGUUUCUAAGGUCAUGCACAAGGCAUUUACUGAAGUGGAUGAAAAGGGAACAAAAGCUGUAGCAGCCACUGUACUACAUAUCGUUCCUUUUUCUUUGUUACGAGUUUUUAAAGUUGAUCGCCCUUUCCUUUUCUUAAUCUAUGAAGAAUCUACCAGAACCCUACUUUUUCUAGGUAGGGUGGCUAACCCUACCAAACCAUGAUUUGUAAUGAUAGAAGCCAUGCACAUUAUUUCAUGUUAAUAUCUAUAAUUUCUGUUUGCCUUGCAAUCUUUAAAAUUAGAAAAAAAAAACUAAUUUUGAACUUUAGCAUUAUCCUGAAAUCUGUAAUUAUUGCACAAAAUGUAAUGGCUUCUACAUAUAAAAUAUUAAAUUAUUAGUAUUACAAAGUG